AUGGAGAAAAUCAUCUACGACUUCUACUCUGAUCUCUUCAACAGCCAUGUCCACUUACCUCCUCACCAUCUGAGGGAAGAUGGACAAGUCAUUCCAGAGGUUCUCCCGUCCGAAAUACGACAUGCUAUCAUGUCGGUAAGAAAUCGUACGGCACCCGAUCCCGACAGAAUAAGACCAGAACACCUGAAGAGCCUUCUGCCAGUACUCAUCAACACCCUGGCGAGGCUCUUUACACAUUAUCUGUCGGAAUGCAAGGUUCCUAAACAGUGGAAGACCAGCAACACCGUGUUGUUGUAUAAAAAGGGAGAUCCACAUGACAUCGGCAACUAUCGUCCAAUCUGCUUACUGUCCGUCAUCUACAAGCUCUUUACAAGAGUGAUCCUUAAUAGCACGAUAGACCACAUUCACACUGUUUCGAAACUCAUCGAGGUAUCACGAGAGUACAAGAUGCCGCUCUGUCUCACAUUCAUCGACUUGAAGAAGGCUUUUGACUCAGUUGAGACGGAAACGGUCGUGGAAGCCUUGGACAACCAGGGCGUCCCUCCUCAGUACAUAAAAAUACUUCGAGAGUCGCACAGUAACUUCACGACAGGAAUUUCGCUAUUCUACAAGAACAUCAUCAUUGACGUGAAGAGGGGGAGUCCGACAGGGUGA